CGCCUCGUAAGGUCUACAUUCACCCUAGUGAGCCGCUGCAAGCCGUGGACCUGCCGCAGCGGCGCAGCCGGCGGGACUUGACGUCAGCACGUGGCGCGUCGGCACGGAUGAAAGGACCCCAUAAUUGUCACCAAUCCCCUCCUCCCCAACCGUCAUCUCAAACUAUCCAAUGAGCCUCAUCAUCGCCGCCGUCAAGCCCCGCGCCCGCUCCUUACCUCUCCUCCUGCACGCCCGCACACUCGCCACGGAAACCACCCACUCAGGCGGCAGCUCAGAACUACCGCCGUACAUCCCGCCCAAGCCCCCAAACAACUCGAAGCCGCGGGCCUCGCUGGGCCCGCAGCCGCGGCAGACAUCAUCCCAGCGGAUAAUCUACCCGCGUGCGCUUCCCCCAGACUUCGGGCGCAACCAGUUUCUCCCCGUCUCUAGCACGACGCGCGAGCUGCUCGAGUCGAUCGUCGCCCAGUUCAACGCGCCCAUCCGCUACGCCUUCGCAUACGGCUCCGGCGUAUUCGAGCAGGAUGGCUAUCGCACCGUGGAGGCGCCCGACGGCGAGAAGCCCAUGCUCGACUUCCUCUUCGCGGUCACGCACGCCGACCACUUCCACUCGAUCAACAUGAACCAGUUCCCCUCCCACUACCCGCUCUCCGCGCGCGUCCUGGGCUCGGACUACGUGUCGCGCGUGCAGAACAUCAGCCCCGGCGUCUGGUUCAAUGCGUACGUGCCGAUGAACGGCGUGACGAUCAAGUACGGCGUCACCACCGUCGACAACCUCUGUUCGGACCUCCUGAACUGGCGCACGCUGUACCUUGCUGGCCGUAUGCACAAGCCCUUGCGGAUAAUCAAGGACGAUGCGCGCGUACGCCUGACGCAGCAGGUCAAUCUGACCUCCGCUGUCCGACACGCGCUGCUCACCAUGCCGGAGGAGUUUACCGAGGCUGAGCUGUUCGAACGCAUCGCGGGGAUCAGCUACAACGGCGACCCGCGCAUGGUCCUGCCCGCUGAGAACCGCUCAAAGGUGCAGAACAUCGUCAAGAAGCAGGCGCCGCAGUUCAAGGAGCUGUACCAUCGUUUGGUCGUCGGCCUCCCUGGCGUGCACUGGCCAUCCUUCUCGUCGACUAUCAAGCAGGACACGUCCGCACACGCGCGGGCGGCACACUUGCGCAAGCUCCCGUCGCACCUCCUCGCUGGUGUCAAGGGUCAUUACUCGAGCACUCUUGACAUCAACGACUUUAGCGACAGCGCUGCGUGGGUUCGCAUGGCUGGGGACGAGCGAUUGCCAGAGGUUAUUCGCCAACAAACCUCGUCCAUCGUCAAGGGUCCUGCAACUAUCCAGACGAUGAAGGGCAUCUUAAGCUCUGGCCUGGUCAAGAGCGCGCGCUACAGCGCAGCGAAGAUCGGCAAGUGGUGGAAGGGCUCGAGCGGCGGUCAGGCGUCGUAAGGCGGCAGGACGUGUGUUACCGUGGCGCCGUGACGUUACCGUGGCAUCGUGGCGGAGUAGAGGUGUCAGUAGAUGAGGAGACCGCGGGAGGCCCAUGCCCGCGCUGCAUAGCAUAGUUCAAGUCAAGGACGAGGUAUCAAUUGCAAUUCACAACAAUCGUUCUAAUGUAGCAAGUACCGGGCAUGUACAUAAACUAUGGUAGCUUAUGGGUAACGAUAAUGGAAGGCUGGAGGCUCGAAGUCGCUAC